CAGUCUCUCUCUUAAAAUAUUCUCUCGUGCUUUCACGACUGAAGAAAACAACAACUUCUCUAAACCUAAAAACGUAAAGAAAGAGGAGGCAUAAAUACUUCUCUUCUUCUCCAAAAACACUGUCAGAUUCUCUUUUCUGUGUUAAUCUCUCUUUGCUCAUUCGCAAAGAGAUAAAUUAGACGAAAAAGGGUUAUUUAAAUCUCGGCAAGUAUGAGUGUUGUUGGAUUUGAUUUUGGUAACGAGAGUGGCAUUGUUGCUGUAGCAAGACAAAGAGGUAUUGAUGUUGUUCUCAACGAUGAAUCAAAGAGAGAAACACCAGCAAUUGUUUGCUUUGGUGAUAAACAAAGGUUUAUUGGGACAGAUGGAGCUGCUACAACUAUGAUGAACCCUAAGAAUUCGAUUUCUCAGAUUAAGAGAUUGAUUGGUCGUCAAUUCAAUGAUCCAGAGCUUCAACGUGAUAUUAAAGCUUUGCCUUUUUCAGUUACUGAAGGUCCUGAUGGGUAUCCUUUGAUUAACGUGCGAUAUUUGGGAGAGUCUAGGGCUUUUACUCCAACCCAAGUUCUGGGGAUGGUGUUUUCAGACUUGAAGGUUAUUGCAGAGAAGAAUUUGAAUACAGCUGUUGUGGACUGUUGUAUUGGAAUACCAGUUUAUUUUACUGAUCUUCAAAGAAGAGCAGUUUUGGAUGCUGCAACCAUUGCUGGCAUGAAAGUUUGA